AUGUCUCUAUAUGCUAAGUUCAUGAAGGAAAUAUUGAAUAACAAGAGGGAUUGGAAGGAAGUAGAGAUAGUGGUGCUUACUAAGGGGUGCAGUGCAGUCAUUCAGAGGAAUCUUCCUGAGAAACUACAAGAUCCUAGGAGCUUUGUGAUUCCUUGUACCAUUGGAAAGAAUCUUAUUCGGAAGGCCUUAUAUGAUCUCGGAGCAAGCAUCCACCUCAUGCUACUAUCAUGGGUGAGGAAUUUCCAAAUUGAGGAAGUAAAUCCUACCCGUAUCUGUCUCCAGCUGGCUGAGCGUUCUAUUAAGUUUCUCUUCGGAGUGGUGGAGGACCUACUUCUGAAAGUAGGGUCUUUCAUCUUCCCUAGUGACUUUGUUAUAUUGGAUAUGGAAGAGGACAAGAACGUUUCCAUCAUCCUUAGAAGACCCUUCUUAGCCACAGGAAGAGCUCUUAUAGGCGUACAGAAGGGUGAAGUAAAACUAAGGGUCAAUGAAGAGGAGAUUGUGUUAAACGUUUUAGAGGAAUUGUAA